AUGACGGAGCUGUUGGCCUUGCCAAAACUGGCGAGGCUGAGUCAGCCAGGCCUGGACGGCCUUGCCAAGCAUCGCUUCGAGACCAGAACAUCAACUACCGUCUACGGGUCCGACAACCUCUCCACAAUGGGAUUUCCAGUCCCUUUAACUCAAUCCCCAUUGAAGAAGACCGCAUUAGCUGAAGGUGACUGUCCCCAUCAUAGUGAAACACUGAGCAAAUCAAGCAAAAGGGUUUUGGAAGAAGGCGAGAGGCAAAGAGAAAUUGUGACUCUGCAGCGAGCCGUGCCCUUCACGUGGAUUGGGACCUUCAGAGUGCCAUUUCUUCGAUCCAUGAGCAAGGGAAACCCUGGUGGAGGUGCUAUUGCCCACGGCCCUUGGUGGGUUUGUGUCUCACUGUGUUGGAACUCCAUUUUAGAGAGCUUUUGGCAUGGAGUACCGAUCGUGACAUGGCCCAUAUAUGCGGAGCAACUGCUUAACGACUUCACUGUGAAGGAAUUGGGAUUAGCCGUGGAGCUGCGGCUGGAUUACAGGGGGAAAGGCGCUGGCGGCCAUCUGGUGCCAGCGGAGGAGAUAGAGAGGGUCAUCAAAUGCUGGAUGGGCGGCGGUGGCGCAGCAACCAGGAAGAAGGUGAAGGAAAUGAGGGAGGCGGCGAGGGAUGCCGUGAAGGAAGGUGGGUCUUCAUAUGACUCUAUUGGAAAGUUGAUUCAGGACUUCAUCAAGAACAUUGAAUAA